GGCCCACUGCGGAAGAAAUAUAUGCAAGAAUUGCAGGAGAUAAAGAGAAAGGAAAACUGGCAAUGGGUGAGGUGUAUCAGCCUCUGGUUAGAGCCAGACGAUUACCCUCGACUAUUGGCUCUUCUGCGCUGGAUCUUCCGAUGAAAAUCGUGGAUAUUCUGAAUGAACUGGUCAAGGAUGGGCAAAACGGCCUCGUUUUUGAAAACUCUGAUCAACUAGCAUCCCAUCUUCAGACCCUUUUGAGAGGCUUCCCGGAUUGUGAGCCACUAGAAAGACUUCGACUUAGCUUCUCAGAAGGCGCUACAUCCCCAUCCUCUCGACCGAAGCGGAAAUGGGGUACGUGGAACGAUAACUGGGAUAACAAAGUCAAGCCACUGGUCAUGUCCGAAAUUUCUCAGAGAUCAGACGCCUGGCUCCAAGGGUUUGCUGAUAGACAUAGGCUCGCCAACAUGAGUGAUUGA